AUGAUAUCGGGUAGGUUGACUGCCUUUGUUCUGACGGUGAACUCUCCGCAGACGGACUCCGGAGACGAGGCUGCUUGGGAGGAUGUUUCGAACGUAGGCGCAAGCGUCACAGGCCGCAGUACACGCACUGUGAGUCCAGCCCCGUCGCUGCGUUCCGCACCGGGGAGCCCGGGCACCAGGAGGCGCCGACCUUAUAAGACCCUAUAUGUAUUCGAUGUGUUUGCCCGCGCCGUGCGUCUUCUGCGCAUCCCUUUUUCCAUCCUACUUGUCGUCUGGAUUCUGGCAUUUGCGGCUGGGAAGUUAUCCGAUAGCAUACGGCUUGUCUUGUCUCCUCUGUGUAUCAUCCCGGGUGUAUCAUCCUCCGCGCUAUGUUCCUGGGAUGACGGCUGGGACGGGCGCAGCGCUCGAUGGGCCGACUACCCCAAACUAGUGGAUAUGCAGAGCAGCACCUUUGAACAGCUAUUGGACGAGUCCGUAGGAGGCUCUGGGCUCGCCUUGGAGAUCAAGAAGGCCGAAAUUGCAACGUCGGACUUGACUACCCUUGUCCGCAUCAGUGAUUUGAACAGCCGGGAUCUGCUUGCGGACUCGCUGUCUGGAUUUGUCGAGGAGGCAAAGAAGACGGGCAGGGGCUUGCAGAAGUUGAGUGCGAAGAUCGGCGGUGCUGUCGACAGUGUUAUGGCAGUCAACGAUCAGGCGUUGCACACUAUCGAAACGGCAGGCUCCAAGGCUGAUAACUCGCUCAUGAAGUCUAUCUGGCCAUUCUCGAAACCUCAAUCGAAGAAAGUCAUUGCGGAAACAUUCACAGAGGCCAUGGAUGUCCUCUCCUCCUCUCUCGAGCGUGUCAUCCUCGAAGCCCAGCUCCAGCUAUCGAACUUGGACAAACUCGAGCAACACCUGACGACGCUGCACGAGGUCGUCUCCCGCGAGGACAGCUCGCUCUCCUCCGCGAAGACGGAGCUCCUCUCGAACCUCUGGACGAAGCUCGGCAGGAACCGCAAGACGCUCCGCAGCUUCGACCAGCACCUGAAGCUGCUGAAGAACGUCGGCGGGUACCGCAAGCGCGCGCUCGCGCACGUCGUUGGCGCGCUGCAGACACUGGAGGCGAUGAAUGCAGAUAUCGAGGAGCUCCGCGAACGCGUGGCGGCGCCGCAGCUGCUGGGCGAGAAGGUGAGUGCCGAGGUGCAUAUGCGGAGUAUCAAAGUGGGCCUCGAGAGGCUGAAGGAUAUGAGGGUGCGUGCGAAGGAGAAGGAGGAGGAGGUCAUGAGGAGGCCUCUAUCGCAAUGA